AUGGCUACGACAGCUCCGGAUCCGCAGCAGUUGCACCAAGCACUACAAACUGCUGUCGUCAAAUGCUCUGAACGCUGUCUGUACCAAGCUGCGAAAUGGGCCGCGGAAGCACUCAAUUCUCUCACGACUAUCGCAACCCCUCGCACCCCGCAACUCACCUACCCAGUUCCUACGCCCCAUGAAGCCCAAGAGCUACCUCAAUAUCUCCUUGCCAAAUCAUACUUCGACGUCCGCGAGUUCGACCGCGCCUCGUCAGUGCUCGCGUCCUGCACCUCCAAAAAGUCCCGGUUCCUCCACCUUUACUCCCGCUACAUCGCGGGCGAGAAACGCCGCGAUGAGGAAAGCGAGAUGAUUCUGGGCCCUCUUGACUCUGCGGCCACUGGCAACCGUGAGGUCCAGUUUGUGUUAUCUACGCUUGAAAUGGGAUUCGCGGAGCAGCCACCUACGGAGGAAGAGGAUGCCUGGCUGCUGUAUCUGUAUGGAAUCGUGUGCAUGAAACAGAAGAAUAUCAAACAUGCGAGGAAAGCGCUGUGCAAGAGUGUCUGCCUAUACCCGUAUAACUGGUCCGCAUGGCAGGAGCUCGGGAGCACGCUUGGCGGCCUUAGCGACCUCAAUGAGAUCCUCGAUAGACUCCCGAAUAAUGUCAUGACAAAUAUCUUUGUCCUCAACACCAACCAGGAGCUAUAUCAGACCGAUGACGGCGUGCAUAAGCAGCUCACAGAUCUGCUACAAAUCUUCCCGCGCUCGGCGUGGCUCAAGACACAGCGCGCGCUGUUGUUCUAUCAUGCGCGCGACUUUGAUGAGGCCGAACAGAUCUUCGAUGGCCUGAUAAAAGCAGACCCGUAUAGACUGGAUAGCUUAGACCAUUAUAGUAAUAUCUUGUACGUGAUGGAGCGCCGCCCCAAGCUCGGCUUUAUAGCCCAGAUGGCAACCGGAACAGACAAGUUCCGCCCUGAGACAUGCUGUGUCGUUGGCAACUACUAUUCACUCAAGAGCGAGCAUGAGAAGGCCGUGAUGUACUUCCGGCGUGCAUUGACGCUGGACCGCGCUUCAUUGAGUGCGUGGACGCUUAUGGGACAUGAGUAUGUUGAGAUGAAGAAUACGCAUGCCGCCAUCGAGGCGUACCGUCGUGCCGUUGAUGUAAACCGUAAAGACUAUCGCGCCUGGUAUGGCCUGGGUCUCUCCUAUGAAGUCCUUGAAAUGCACUACUACGCCCUCUUCUACUUCCAGCGCGCCGCCUCACUACGUCCCUACGACCCACAAAUGUGGCAAGCCAUGGGCAGCUGCUUCGACCGCAUGAACCGCCCCGGUGAGGCCAUCAAAGCCUACAAACGCGCCCUCGUCUCAUCCGCGCCCGCGAAGCAGGUAACCACCCACUUCGACCCCAGCAUUCUCCUGCAGAUUGGCUACAUGCACGAGAAGCUGCAGAGCGGCCGAGAAGCGGCAAGAUGGAUGGAGAUGGCACUUAGGGAGGAGGACGAAGUCGGGGUCACGGCGGCCACGAGUAAAGCCCGCAUGUGGCUUGCUAGGUGGGAGUUUGGGAACGCGAAUUGGGGCAAGGCGGCGGAGUAUGCGAAUGAGUUGUGUCAGGAUGGGGCAGAGCUUGAGGAGGCGAAGGCAUUGGUGAGGGAUUUAAGAAGUAGGAUGGAGAAGUAA